AUGGGAUUUCUUGCGUGAAAGGACACAAGACGCUUAUUUUAACAAAACCUUUCGAGUUGACAACUGCAUUAUGAACUCGUUAAUCGCUGCUAUUUAUUAUUCCACCCUACAGCGCAACAAAUAGACACCGAUAACUAUUUUUUUCUCCGUUAAUUUCCAGAAAAGUCAAAGUGGGGUUUGUGUUAAAAUGCCGACGGAGGUGAAACAGAGAAAGAAAACACCAAAAGUAAGUGACGAAGUUUCAGAAACUCUGAACGGAAAAAAUGAAGCGCAAAAAACAAAGCCAGAAACCGGAGAAAACGCAAAGAAAGCGAGUUCUGGCCUGGACUUUAAAAGUGUGAUGUGUUUGUUGUCGCUUGCAGCGUGCGGAGCUCUCAGUUGGAUGGUGCUGCAGCACAAUGAGAAGUUUUCCCAGAUUGAAGAGAAGUACAAAUCUCUGCAGGGAAAAACCUCCAGGCUGUUGGACAUGGAGGAGGAGAUCGUCAGAGUCUCUCAGAAGCUAGCCGCCUCGGAGGACGACCUGCGGGAGGCGCUCUCCACCGCCUCGCUGGCGGCCGGACUCCAGCGGGACGUCUCCGCCCUCCACGCCGCCGUCGCCGCCGUGCGGACCGACGAGGGCUCCGCCUCCCGCGACCUGCAGGCGGUCAACGCCCACUUCCUCAACGUGACGGAGACGUGGCAGGGGCGCCUCGCCGCCGUCGACGCCGACCUCGUCGCUCUCAAGGCCGAGUCCCGGGACGGCCACGCCGGCGCCACCGAGCGGGUGAACGAGGCCGAGCGGAGGGCACGGCUGUUGGCGGAGAGGCUGGAGGAGCUGGAGGACAGCACCAGGAGGAACGCCCGCGCCAUGGAGCGCGCCGAGGAGGACGACGCCAAGCGAGCGCAGGAGCAGCUGGACUGGAACACCAAGCAGAUCCAUCGGCUGGAGGAGCAGGUGGGCGGCCUGAGCCGGGGCCAGGCCGAGCUGGACUCCCAGCUCCAGGACGUGGCGCCCCGGGCGCGGGAGUGCGAGGAGCACCUGCCGCAGGUGGAGGAGGCGGUGCGCUCCAUCCUCCGGCUGGGCGGCGACCUGAGCGCGGCGGAGAAGCGGCUGGAGGAGGUGACGCUGCAGGUGAUCGGGACCGAGGACAGCAUGCUGAAGGCCCUGAACGAGAUCCUGCAGAUCAGGCAGGAGCUGGACGUCCUGCAGGCGCACGGCAGCAUCCGGAAGAUGAAGAGCGAGCUGUCCGUGGUCAAAGAGGCGGUCCGAGAGCUCACCAUGGUGCUGCGGGAGAACCGGGUAGACGGCGGGAAAGACUCGGACACUCCCGAGGACGAGGAGGAGGAGGAGUGGGAGAUGAGCGAGCUGGAAGAGCCGACUGAAUGAUUCCUCUGCCUCAGUUCAUGAGAAAAAAAGGAUGUGCCUGAAUAUUUAUCUGAAAUUAAGCUCAGAAUUAGUUUUUUUAUGUUAGAAAACUGGUUUCAUUCAAAGCCUAAAUACAGUUUGACACUGGUACAGCCUACAGACUCUUUACUAUUUUUGCCAUCACUGUUCUAGUGUCAUCCUCCAGUUUUUAAAAGAGAAUACUUUAAUUUAUUUAUGAAUGUUUUCCUGAACUCUUUGACAUUCUUUAUAUACUAGCUGUCUCAAUGUCUUUAGAUUUUUGCUUUAGUUAUGUUUAAAAUUGUCUCUAUGAGUCGUCGACUUCACGAGCUGCAACUAAUAACUAUGGUUAUUAUAUUUUUGAACGUCUUUGGAGAUUUUAAUGCAUUGCAGAUGUUAAAAAUAACAUUGUGGUUCUUUAAGCCUCCUCAUUUCCUCAUUGUAAUCUUGAGAGGUCUGGACUGCUGAAAUUAAAACUUAAUAAGAGAGUAAUUGAACAUUGUGCUGUUUUUACCGUCUCCUGCUGAAGAAGUUUAAUUUUCUGUUCUUUUUCAACCAGAUAUAGUGGCGACAGUUCAAACAGGUGACACUUGUGUAGGAUCUCUAGUUUGAGUGAAAUGUCUGAAACUUCUCAGACAGUUGUUUCGUCCUGUUAACUUUUAGAAGCACCUCUUCCUCCCAGUCAGUGAAGGAAGGCGCAUGAUUAAGGCUGUUUAACAAAUCUGUUAAAAUGUAGACAUGAAAUAGCAUAUUUAGUUACAGUGCUCUGAGAAUAUAGAUACAUGAACAACAUUUUAUGAAGAUGACUUCAGAUUUGGGAAGAUUUUAAGCAAUGAAUCAUAAAAUAAAAGCAUUUUCUGCCAGUGUUACUAUUUUUCCGACGGAAUGUAUUAUAAAUAAGUGUCGCAUCAUGAUGUUAUUUUCCUAUUUUUGUGAUUUUUAAUGUCUCAUGCAAGAGUUUACCCUUAAAGAACUCUUUCAACAGUCCCUGAGUUUCAGUAUUUCAGUGGAUGAACUACAUCUGACUG